AUGUAUAAUGACGAAGGUGUUUCUACACAGAGCUCAGUGGAUGCAAUGAAUCUAAAUGCGACGAUAAAGAAUAAGAAGCCAACAUUGCUGGAUAAGGACAGGCAUUUAAAAUAUAUAAUAAAGCAAAUGAACAAGCCAUUAAACAUAGCAUAUUCUGCCCUAAUACCCUGGGUUGGUGCGUGGAUGGCAAAUGCACUUUAUGUCAUAUUGGGAAGAGACCAAUUCUAUGACGGAACGCACGAAGAAGUAGAAAAGCUAGAUAAAAUAGCAACACAAAUUAUUAAUUUACAAGGAAGUGGAACAGGUAUAUCUGCAGGUCCUGGGCAUAUGCCAAAUCUUGGGAGCACGUACGCUGGGGUAGUCCUAUUGAAGAUUCUUAACAGACUGGAUGAGAUAGAUAAGGCGGGUAUAGUGCAGUUUAUAAAGGAAAUGCGAGUGCCUAAUGGGUUUACCAUGUAUGCAGAUGGAGAAAUAGAUCCUAGAUCUAUAUACUGUGCUGUGGCCACUUACUCUAUUUUGCACUCAGAGGAUAUACAGCAAGAAAAUCAGCACAAUCCAUUAGAAAGCGAGGAAGGAAAGAAUAUAUUUGGCGGCAUAGAUACUAUCCUGUGCUCUCUCCAGACGUAUGAGGGGGGAUUUGCUGCUUCUCCUGGGGAGGAGGCGCACGGUGGGUAUACAUACUGCGCAGUGGCUGGAUUAAAGAUUUUACAAAAGCCUAUUCCCAACACAGACAUUCUGAAAAGGUGGCUUUUGGAGAGGCAGGAUGUGAUAAAUAAUGGGUUCAAUGGGAGAACAAAUAAAGGCUCUGACUCUUGCUAUAACUUUUGGGUGGGUGCGUGCUACAAAAUGCUUGGGUUAGGAAUACGGUCAUAUGAAGGCUUAGCACAGUACACUCUGUCUAACUGCCAAGAGGAAGAAGGCGGCAUAAAAAACAUUCCUGAGUCACAUCCGGAUAUAUAUCACACAGCAUAUGCUUUAAUAGGGCUAUAUAUCAUAAAUGAAACAGACUUUAACUAUCACCUGGGCCUGCCUGUAGCAGCAUAAGUGGGCAGUGCUAAUUUUGAAUUCACAUGCGCAGUAUGAAUUAGUUUGCUUUUCUUACAAAGGUGUGUAAUCAGUCAAUAAAUAUCUUGACCAACCUGCUUGUGCGUAUUAUAAUUAAGUUGUUAGUUAUUAUUUCAGACAAAUAACCCGA